AAAUUCAAUGUACGAUACGGAGCUGUAUUUUAUUAAAUUGACGUUAAUUAACAUUCUAACUCGUGUGGAAAAGCUUGGUUUAACUUUGACACGCCAUUUUGUUUAUUGACGAUCAUCUAGCGCUGACGUCAAAGGUCACAUGGGUGGGUAUAUUUUGAUCUUCCUCUUCUCGAAGUGCAAGUGCCCAGUUAAAAUCAAAAACGUAAUAAUAGCCUCACAUAUAAACUUAUAGAUAAACAAUACAUGCAUGAUUUUUAUUAAUUUUUUGCUCAUGACAACCAAAGCAAAAAGGAAGUCAAUGUUUGAAAACUGCAUCCUACCAUGUGAUUUCCCGGCCAAUAAAAAUGCACUGACAGCAAUGGAAAGACUGUGUUGAUCCAGCCUAUUGUUAUAUAGAGAAAUGAGUUCUUAAAAUAUUGUAUUACACUUGCAUACAAAUUAAAAAUAAAAUUUGUGAACAGCUGCAAAAUUUCUAAAUACAUUGUAUCAUUCAUGUCUGGCAAGAUGCUUUACAGAUUAUCACUCGUUUCAUUCAAGUAUACAAGAGUCCUAUUUUCCGCGUAAUACCACUAACAGAAUCACGGAAUUGUUUAGAUGACCAUUCAUGUGAUAAAACAGUAAAGAUAACGUUAUGAUUAAAGUAAAGGUUCAGGCAAAGGUUGGUUUUCAUAGCUGUAAGUUAUUGCACGAUUUAAGAUGAUGACAGUUAAAGUGAGCCGAGCUAUUUUUUAUCCCAUUUCUUUUUACUUUGUUUAAAAUAUUUAUUUGCAGAAUUAAGUUUAUUUUAACAAGUUAAACAUCAUACUCAAGCUUUUGUCAUAAUCAAUUGUUUCUCAAUUCCUAUCUGCAAGAAUGGAUGGAGAAAAAGUUGGCUUAGGUAUUUGGGAUUAUGUGAUGUUCAGCUUAAUGUUGAUAAUAUCAGCUGCUAUUGGUGUCUACUUUCGGUUCAGCGGAAGCAAGCAAAAGACCACGGAUGAAUACCUUCUGGCAGGCAAAGACAUGUCCAUUCUACCCGUGUCCUUUUCCCUGAUGGCUUCAUUCAUGUCUGCUACCACCAUCAUUGGAACACCCAUGGAAAUUUAUUAUUUCGGUGCACAACUAGCUUACGUAAAUGUUUCAUAUAUCACUGGAAUGACGAUAUCUGCUUUUGUUACUCUUCCAGUGUAUUUUGAAAUGAAAGCUUCAACCAUAUAUGAGUACGUUGAUAGAAGAUUUGGGAAGCACACGCGUAUAUUGACGUCUGUGACAUUUGUAAUUCAAAUGAUUUUGUACAUGUCUAUCGUUUUGUAUGCCCCAGCAUUGGCAUUAAGUGCUGUGACUGACAUGUCUAUGUGGAUAUCCAUUGUUGCAGUUGGAAUCGUCUGCACAUUUUACUGUACUAUAGGUGGAAUGAAGGCUGUCUUGUGGACUGAUGUGUUCCAAAGUUUCCUCAUGUUCUUUGGAGUGAUUGCAGUUUUAAUUAAAGGAUUCUACGAUGUCGGAUUCGAAGAUGUGUUUAAAAUAGCAAGAGACGGUGGAAGAUUAGGAGCUCCAUCGCUUGAUCCUAGUUUUUACAAGCGGUAUACACUGUGGAAUAUUAUAGCACAGGGAAUUAUAUUGUCAAUGGGAUCCUUCAGUGCAAACCAAGUGCAAGUACAAAGAUUGCUUACGUUAAAGAACAUCAAUCGUUCCCGUAGAGCUUUAUUUGUCAGCAUGCCUAUUGGUGUUCCAUUGCAUCUACUAAUUUGCCUGACAGGCAUAGUCCUGUAUGCCUAUUUUGAAAAAUGCGAUCCUCUGUCACCACCAAACAACCCUAUUCAUCAUGGAGAUCAGUUGUUGCCAUAUUUUAUGAUGAAAAGCCUUUCAGACUAUUCUGGAUUGGCGGGUAUUUGCAUUUGUGGAAUAUUUAGUGCUUGUUUAAGCACUGUAUCGUCGUGUGUCAAUUCACUAACAGCAGUGACGAUGCAGGAUUUAAUACGCCCAUUUUUAUUAGCGAAGGGCUUAUCAGAAGGAAAACUGACUGUUGCAGCUCAACUUAUAAGUGAGUAUUAAACAUGUUGAGUCCGGUUACUUUUUUUUAAUCUUAGAACUAAUGACUGGACACCAAAAGUAUUAAGUACUAAGAAGAAGUGCAAACAUACUUCAAUAACUGCCUUAUGUGUUUUUUUUAUUUAUGUAAACUUUAAGUGUCUAUUUGUAAGCAUAUCCGAGGGAAUUUAAUUAUCGACUAUGUCAACCAUCAUCUAUCAAAAGGUACCUACGCUAAGGUAGAAUCGAGUUAACAAGUCUUAUAUACAACUGAAUUAGUAUAGAAAACUGCCCAAGAAACCUCUUCUCUACAAUAGCUAGGCUACGUACUGGACAUUUCAAGGGCAUGAAGAUCUUACGCACCCAUAUAAAAUUCUAUCCCAUGUGCAAGCACUGUCCUCAUUUGCAACUAACUCCAGACCAUGUUUUUGACUGCCAGGCCAUUAUCGGCUCCCUCUUUCAACUUGGAGCACCUCCCAUCGAAAUUCUCCAUAGCCAUCAGGCUCAAGAACUUGCAAACCUUGUUAUCAAGACUUUUGGAAAACUCUAAUCUUUGCACUAGCAUAGACACGACAACAACAACAACAACAAUUAGUAUUUAAUAUUUAUAGUGGUAGUUACGCCACAUAUCUAAAUAAAUAUCUAAAUACGUCAAGAAAUGCGCUAGAGCAGUAGCAGACAAGAGAGAGAACGUAGAAAU